ACAGCAGAGUGAGUGGAGAGUACAAAUCUUUUAAAAGAGUUCUGAUUUCGUGCACAUAAUUAUCCUACACGUUAUUUGGUUUUUCUUCAAGAUAUUGUAGAAACCAUUGUGACUGGUGUGGGUGUAUUUAGUUGCAAGCUCAUCUGUAUCUUUGGAGGUUCCCAGACAUGUCUACCAGCUUACAGCUCCUCGGAACUACACUUGGCAUUCUUGGCUGGUUGGGCAUCAUCAUAUCAUGUGCCCUUCCUCUAUGGCGUGUGACUGCUUUUAUUGGGACCAACAUCGUGACUGCACAGACCAUGUGGGAAGGGCUGUGGAUGAGCUGUGUGGUGCAGAGCACUGGCCAAAUGCAGUGUAAAGUGUACGACUCCAUGCUGGCUCUUCCUCAAGACCUACAGGCCUCUCGGGCAAUCCUCAUCAUUGCUUCCCUUGUUGGUUUAAUUGCAAUAUUUGCCAGUUUUGCAGGUGGUAAAUGUGUUAACUGCUUGCCAGACGGCAUUGCAAAGGCCCGGGUUGCUGUAGCAGGAGGGGCCUUCUUUGUCACUGCGGGGGUCCUGGGGUUGGUGCCGUCUAGUUGGACUGCCCAUCAGGUCAUUGGGGACUUUUACAAUCCUCUAGUGGCCCAAUCUCAGAAGAGGGAGUUGGGAGCUGCUAUCUUUAUCUGUUGGGGAGCAGCAGUUCUCAUGCUGAUUGGUGGAGGACUCCUCUGCAGCUCUUGCCCAAAAGGAAGAAAGUCCCGUGGGGGUCGGUAUAUGGUAGCUUCUCAAAAUGGAAGGGAGGGCUUGUAAUAUGUGUGACUGCAGGAUGUCUCCCUGUAGAAAACUGAUCUGUGGCUGUUUUAAGUGUCUUUAAAUGACUGUGUGUGGCUUUUGUUUUAUUUCCAUUUUUAUUUUUUAUGUGACCGGAAUGUCAGCCUGUUGCAGAAUUGCUGUCAGUUGAGCUAAUAAAAUAUUUUAUCCAAGA